CCGAAUUUAUUCAUUUCUCUCACACAUCGUUCUUGUAGUUUGAUCAAGUCUGACUGUUCUACUGCCAACAAGCCGUGUGUAUUAUUUUAUUUUAUUUUUCUCUCGUUGUUAUUUUGUGGCGACUGUCGCUCUCUCUUGUGCUCGGUUCGUUCGCUCUCUGUCUCCUCAGUGUGUGAGUGUGUGUGUGCAUGUAUCUGCAUGAGUUCUUCUUUUAUUUUUGGUUCUUCUCUUCAUUUGCUCAAUAGAUGCACACAAUAUUCCAUAUGACCAACAUACAUCGAAUCGGGAAAAAGUAGUCGGAAUAUAGUAGUAGGAAAGGAAUACAGAAGAGAAAUAACACAGAAAGAAAAGAAAAUAACAUAAAACACUGAAAUAAUAGAAAAGAAUACACACGCCAGAGUAACAGCAGCAGAAAGAAGUUAAACGAACAGAAGAGAAGAGAAAAAAAAAAUCAAAAUGGCCGUGAAUAUAUUGGAGGGUUGACGUCGAUUUCAUACAGCAAAUUCGUUUAUGCUGCCAAAUUUACCGAGCAUAAUUAUCAAAUACGCACAAUCAACAACAUCGACAUCCACAGAUUAUUACCAGAAAGAAUAACACUCAGACAUUUUCUAGCACCUCAUUUUCGAAUUGCGAUUUUGUGUGUUAUUGUUGCGUGUUUUUGUGUGUUUCUUGCUAAGUUUUUUUUUCUUCUAUUCUCUUUCGAAGAGAGUGAGAUUGAUUGAGUGAGUGAAGAGUGUGCAAAGCACACACAAGAAGUGAAACCAACAGAAAUAAUAGUAAAAAAAAACGAAGUAAUAUUAAUAUGAAAACUUUCUCGAUUGAUGUUUGUCUCUUCGGUGGUGAUAAUCUAUAUAUAUAAAAAAGAAGUCAUUGUGCUUAAAAUCCAGAACUAGAAGAAAAAGAAGAAAAAACAACGGUGUGUGCUAAGUUGUUAGUGCACGUUUAAAAAGGAAGUUGAUUCGGUUGAAAGAAAAAGAGAGAGAAAACAGAGUAUUCAAAUGAAAGUGUUAUCAUUCAACAACAAGACACAUCAUUCAUUCAAUGCAGAGGAGAUAAAACCAAAAACAAAUAACAAUAAACACAUCACACAUUAAACGGAGUGGCACAAAGAAACGACGACGACGACGACGACGACGACGACGACGACGACGACAACAACAACAACGACAACUGCGAUAGAAAAUCAUAUACAAAAAUUUCUCAGCUCAACAGUUACAGCACCACCAUCAACGCAUUAAAUGUGAUGAAUUGAUCAGCAUACCGUUGACAACAGCAAUUUUGGGGAAUUCGUUGUUGUUUUGUUGUUCACUCUCUCUCUCUCUCUCUCUCUAUAUAUCUCGGUGUGUGACAUUGUUUUUCGUGUGUGUGUGUCGACAAAAUCUUUGAUUGUGCAUAUUUUAAGCCGAGUGUUUUCCUACCAUCAACAUAACAAAUGUUUAUUUUAUGUUAUUUGAAGUCAAGCAGUUUCCACAUCCACAUAGUUCCAUGUUAUUUAGUGUAAGUGUGAGUGUAUGUAUGUGCAGCGAGAGUGCAGCAGUUCAAUUUGAUCAAUGUGUGCAUCCUUUACUCUCGUCUCAUGCGCUUUUUUUCUCUCUCUCUCUCGUUGCAAUUGCUAAUUAAUUUACAAUACCACCAAUAACAUUAUCAAAGUGCCCUGUAUGCCUGUUUCGUUUGUCGUAUUGUAAGGCAAAAGUCCAACAACACGCUCUCGGAGAACAUAGAAAUAAAAAACAGACGGGCCAAAAGACAUUUGAGCAAAGACAACAACACAAACACAUACACACAACGCCGUCUGGUUCAGUAAAUUUUUUUGGCUAUUGCCAAAAGAAGAAUAAAAACGAAAGAAACAAAACGUAGUAUGAAAACCUAUCGUGAGAUUGUAUGUACAAUGUCAACAUUUCAACAUAAUAAUCAACCAAAACGAAUUUGAGAAAGACCAAGACAAUUUUAUGCACUUUAACCGAAAGUUUCAUUCCGAAUUUACUGCCGUGUCUUGUUAUCGGACAAAUUGAAGUUCCUGUUUGCAAAAAUAAAUCGAACAAAAAAGAAGAAAAAAGAAAGAAACGUGUGUGCAACACAUUCUUCUCGUGUUUAUUUCUUUAUUAUUUUUUUUUUUGUUGUUUUUGUUGUUCCUGUUAAUUGGUUUCGGUGUUUCAUAUUUACACAAAGAAUAGAAACUACUAAAAACUUUUUACCAUCUUUGGAAUACGAAUUUAAACGAAAUAAACGAACGACGACAAACCGUCGACAGAAAGAGAAAAAGGAAAGAACGAGACACAGUUAAGACACAUUUAUUGUUUGGAAAUCGGCAAAUAAAAAUGGAAGAAUCGACAUUGAUAGCGUCAUCGUAGAGCUGCCAUUUAGAAUAUUAGAGUAUACUUGACAUUACAAUUUGGUUCCUGUGCAGUUGACUGAGUAACAAAAGUAUUGAAGUGAGACAAACACACACACACACACACAUCAAAAUGGGAAACAAGUGUUGCAGUAAACGUCAAGAACCGGAUAUCGGUUAUCCGGGUAACAAAAAGAAUAAUGAUUUGUCGAAUAUGUCACAACAAAAGUACCCAAAUGGUUCAAUAGACAGAUACACACCCGAUCCGAAUCGCGCAAAUAAAGUCGAUGUCAUCCGAACUCGACCAACACAUUUUGCAGGUCAUAUGAAACGGCGUGUGGUGAUUGCAUUGUAUAAUUAUACGGCACGCGAGGAUACCGAUGUGAGUUUUGUGAAAGGUGACCGAAUGGAAGUGCUUGAUGACACCGAAUCGGAUUGGUGGCGUGUCAUUCACUUGACUACACGACAGGAGGGUUUAAUCCCAUGGAAUUUUGUUGCUGAAGAGCGCAGCGUCAAUAGUGAAGAUUGGUUCUUCGAGAAUGUGUCACGCAAAGAAGCCGACAAAUUGUUAUUAGCUGAAGAGAAUCCACGAGGAACAUUUUUGGUUCGACCAUCGGAGCACAAUCCAAACGGUUUUUCACUAUCUGUUAAAGACUGGGAAGAUGGCCGCGGCUAUCAUGUAAAACACUACAAAAUUAAGCCAUUGGACAAUGGUGGCUACUACAUUGCGACAAAUCAAACGUUCCCAUCUCUGCAAGCAUUGGUGUUAGCAUACAGCAAAAAUGCACUUGGCCUGUGUCACAUAUUGUCACGGCCAUGUUCGAAGCCACAGCCACAGAUGUGGGACCUUGGGCCGGAGUUGCGUGAUAAAUGGGAGAUACCACGUGUCGAAAUUCAAUUGAUUCGAAAAUUGGGCCGUGGCAAUUUUGGUGAAGUAUACUAUGGCAAAUGGCGAAAUAAUAUCGAUGUCGCUGUGAAAACAUUGCGCGAAGGUACAAUGUCAACGCAAGCAUUCUUACAGGAAGCGGCCAUUAUGAAAAAGUUCCGUCACAAUCGUUUGGUUGCAUUGUAUGCGGUGUGUUCGCAAGAGGAGCCAAUUUACAUUGUGCAAGAGUACAUGUCGAAAGGUAGUUUAUUGGACUUUUUGCGCGAAGGUGAUGGUAAAAAUCUCCAAUUCGAAGACUUAAUUUAUAUUGCGGCUCAAAUUGCAUCCGGCAUGGAGUAUUUGGAGUCAAAGCAAUUGAUACAUCGUGAUUUGGCCGCCCGUAAUGUGCUGAUUGGUGAAAAUAAUGUGGCGAAAAUUUGUGAUUUCGGUUUGGCCCGGGUCAUUGCCGACGAUGAAUAUUGCCCGAAACAAGGAUCCCGUUUCCCCGUCAAAUGGACCGCACCCGAAGCCAUUAUCUACGGUAAAUUCUCAAUCAAAUCGGAUGUAUGGUCGUAUGGUAUCCUGUUGAUGGAAUUGUUUACAUACGGUCAAGUACCGUAUCCGGGUAUGCAUAGCCGUGAGGUGAUUGAGCAAAUUGAACGUGGCUAUCGUAUGCCAAAACCACCGAACCAUCAUCUUCCAGACGAUAUCUACCAUUUAAUGUUGCAAUGUUGGGAUGCUGUACCCGAGAAGCGGCCAACAUUCGAAUUCCUAAAUCACUAUUUCGAAAGUUUCACGAUCACAUCCGAAGUUCCAUAUCGAGAAGUACAGGAUUAGGGCGGCAAUAGUGUUUUUUUUUAUUGCUAUUUUCAUUUUCUGGCAUAACGCAGAUAUAGAGAUAGAAAAAAAAAACAGCAACAACCACAUACAUACACACGCAUAUACAGACAUUUGCAUUUUGUACAUCGGUUUCCUUCACGCAAAUUGUUUCCUUCUGGCGGCGAUGGUUGCGGUGGUACUCGUAUUGUUUAGCCCAUAACAAACGCCGCCAAUAGAGUCAUUGUAGCAUAUGUUUUUUUUUCUACUGGUUUUAUUCGAAAUAGAGAUAUCGCAUGAGAAUCAUUUAUUGUUCGCAAAUCCUUGCCACCCAAUCGGCAUUUCGCAGCGCGCACAGCAAUUUAGCCCUUCCAACAAAACGGAUAAGAACAAAAUAAAAAACACACACACACUUACGGCACACGUCUUUUAUACCACGAUUUUUAUACCGAAACAAGUAAAUUGUUAUUAUUAUUUAAAAAAAAAGGAAACCUAUCAUGGAAACAAGUUCCCAAUUCAUUUAACAAAAAAAAUUGGACACUUGAAAUCAUGUAAAUUAAAGCUUUAUUAUUAGAACAAAGAACAAAAAUAAAAACGUCAAAGGGGAAAUUCCAAGCGAUCAAAUCGGAUACCAUACAACAAUUAAGUCGAAAUGGGACAAGGAACGAACAAACUAAUAUGCUAAACAAUGAAUUCUCACGCACAUUUUAUAUAUAAAUAUAUAUGAAAUCACGAACCUAAAUGAAUAAGAUUCAAGUAGAAAACUAAUUGAAACAUGAAAAUAGCAUCAGUGAACUUAUUCCAAAAAGAGAAGAAAAAAGAAUGAAAAAAAAUGUUGAAGUAUUAAGCGUUUAUAUGUUUGCAUUCAUUUCACACAAAUUAAUCGUCAUGAAGAAAACCAAUUUAUUAUUAAACAAGAGUAGCCAAAUAAACGGAAUCAAGUGAAACGAGAGAAACACGAGAGAAAAAAAAACAUUACACCAAAAA